UUGCAGAUGAAGGUGAUCCAGCACUCUGUGGAGACACUGCAAAGAGCUUUGGUCUCCAACCGCCAGGACUUAGCUAAACUUUAUAGACAGUACACAAAAGAAGAGAGGCAUCUUCUGGAGGAAGGAUUGCACCCAGGGCAGCCGGGCUCCCUUUUCCAACCUAUCAAAGUGCACUCUGACUCAGACUGGGUCUCUGCUCACCCUGAGGAGCCUCAAGACUUCGAGAAGUUCUAUAGAGACCAUUUGCGCAAGACCCCCAAUGCAAGCCACAAUACUAUCUAUAUUCAAACCAUAGGUUCCUUUGGGGUUGCGGCGGCAGAGACAGACCAGUAUGUGGAGUGGCUCAGAGAAUACUGCCAGGCCUUCUUCUACGGGCUUUCUGUCAAGUUGCUGCCGGCGGUCACUGUGCCCGAAACAGGAUGCUCUUUCAGGGUUAACAGUAACUCGCACAACCUUCAGAUCCUCACUGGUGACCUGCUGCAAUUCCUGUGGAAGAGGAAACCAAAAGAUGCUUAUUGUAUUGUUGGAAUCACAAUGAUUGACCUCUUCCCCAAAGAAUCCUGGAACUUUGUCUUCGGAGAGGCUUCUCUAAGCAUGGGAAUGGGUGUUUUCAGCUUUGCCAGGUAUGAUGACAACUUCUACAGCCAAAGUUAUGCUGGGAGGCUGAAGAAAAGGCUCCAGCCAAAACAGGGGGACUACUCUGUGUUUGACGGAUAUUACACUCCCCCCAUCACCAGCACACUGCUGCUUCGAUCCUGCAAGACAAUGACCCAUGAGAUUGGCCAUAUGUUUGGAAUAAAGCAUUGCCAGUGGAUGAGCUGUGUCAUGCAGGGCUCCAACCACCUGGAGGAGUCUGAUCGUAGGCCACUGGAUUUCUGUCCCAUCUGCCUUCGCAAGCUACAGGUCGCUAUCGGUUUCAAAAUGUCUGAAAGAUACAAGGCCUUACUGCACUGGAUGGAGGGAGAUCAGAGUCCAACAUCCAGACAAGAGGAGGCGACUGCCUGUCAGUCUGUGCUCCACCUUUCCAAACCCACUGAAGCCUUUCAGACAUCCAGAAUGUGGCUAAACAGGUGCCUCAACAUACUGUGAGAAAGAUGAACGACUGUACUUGUUAAUAAGUCUGGAUAAAAUCGGGAUAUAAAAGCAACAACUCUGACCAAUUCAUGGAUAGCAUUUAAAAUAUUUGCUUAACAUUUCUGCUGCUAUUAGAAUACAAAUCAGAAUCCUUAUUUUUCUUGACCCUUACAUUAAAUUUCAGGACGCACACAAGGCCCACUAGAGACGUAAUAAGGUGUAUAUUGUAUUGAUUUAAAAAGGUCAAAUGGCCCUUGUGUUUCCAGGCAGAAUGAAACGCCGAGUUCAAGUAAAUGUGUUUUCUGGAUAGAAAAUGAAGGUUGCAAUAUGUACAUAAAAUAUUUUUAUGUGAAAGUAUAUCAAAUCAAAGUUAUGUGACAAAAACAAUAGCAGUUGAAUGAGUUGCUUUUAAGGUUGAAGCAUAUAAAAACAAAACAUUUAAAUGUCAUUAAGUGGUUCGGAUCACUCUUGCGUUAUUAUGAACA